GCUCCCGCCUGCGCAGUGCGCGGCGUCCGGAGAGAUGUUGCUGCUACGGUCACUACGCCUUUGCCUGGUCCCGCGGACCGGAAGCCGCCCGGCGGGGCCUCUUCUGCUUCAGCCACCCCAGCCAUGGCCCACGUUUCACACUGGGCCCUGGCUUUAUGCCUCGGCUUCCAGCAAGGAGCUCCUCAUGAAGCUGCGGCGGAAGACGGGCUACUCUUUUGUGAACUGCAAGAAAGCUCUGGAGACUUGUGGUGGGGAUCUCAAAGAGGCAGAGAGUUGGCUCCACAAGCAGGCCCAGAAGGAGGGCUGGGACAAAGCUGUCAAACUCCAUGGGAGGAAGACUAAGGAAGGCUUGAUUGGGCUGCUGCAGGAAGGAAACACAACCGUGUUAGUAGAGGUAAACUGUGAGACAGAUUUUGUUUCCAGAAAUUCAAAAUUUCAACAGUUGGUCCAGCAAGUAGCUGUUGGAACCUUGCUACAUUGUCAGAACCUAAAGGAUCAACUCGCCACAUACAGUAAAGGCUUCCUGAAUUCUACGGAGCUCUCUGAACUUCGAGCUGGGCCUGACAGAGAAGGCUCUCUCAAGGAUCAGUUGGCCCUAGCAAUUGGGAACCUGGGAGAAAAUAUGAUUCUGAAACGAGCUGCAUGGGUGAAGGUGCCAUCCGGGUUCUACGUUGGCUCUUACGUCCAUGGAGCAAUGCACAGCCCCUCACUCCACAACCUGAUGCUGGGGAAGUAUGGGGCCCUGGUCAUCUGUGAGACAUCUGAGCAGAAAGCAAACCUCGAAGACCUUGGUCGCCGCCUUGGACAGCACGUGGUGGGCAUGGCCCCUCUCUCUGUUGGCUCCCUGGACGAUGAGCCUGGGGGAGAGACGGAAACCAAGAUGCUCUCCCAGCCAUACUUGCUGGAUCCGUCUAUCACGUUGGGACAGUAUGUGCAGCCCCAGGGGGUGUCUGUAGUGGACUUUGUGCGGUUUGAAUGUGGUGAAAGCGAAGAGGCAGCAGAGGCUGAAUAGAUUCCAGAGACUUUUUGGCCUAGGAGGAAAUGUUUUUUCUUAGCUCUGGACAUCAUUGCAAAAAGAAGUUAUUUCCUAAGCCUCUUAAAACCUGAAAUUCGUUUUUUAGUUUAUAAUGAAAUUAUAUACUUCAUGGGUAGAGUUAUUAAAUAAAACUGUUUAUAUAAUAAAGAGAGUAGAAUUUUCCUUGUUUGGGUAACAGUGGUUUAGCUUUUGUGUGCCUUACCUGUGACAGAUUUUAAAACAACAAUACUUGGGCCUUGUUGAAGUGACUGACAGUGUCUGGGGAAACAGGCAUCAACAAUUGUGCUGCUGUUCCCUUUAACAGAUUUAUUAUGGUUCCCAAAAUUUCUAACUCACCAUUCUAGCUGACUCCUUCUAUGACAUAGAACAAUCUUGUUCUGCUUCCACUUUGUGACAUGUUUAGACUGUACUUCUACCCUGGAAUUUCCCCAGUUACACUGCUUCUGCCACAUGGAUUCCUUUGGAAUUUGUUGAUUCAAAGUUAGAGUUGUCUGGAAAAUGUGGCUCAUUUGUUGAUGUCUGCAGUAUGCUUUGAAGGCACUCUGCAGUGGUAUACAUACUGGUUCUGGCUUCAUUACUGAAAUUAACAACACAUGAUCCUAUAUCUCUUUUUGGAUAAUGAGGUCCGGAUGGGUGGUACUGAGGUUUCCUGGAUAGCUGUAAGGCAGAUUUCAACAUUCUUGUGCCAGAAAAGGAGUUACAGUGGCCCGGUUAUCCAGUGGAGCCCUGGUGGUGCACUGGUUUAGAGCUUGGUGCUAACCAAAA